CUAGAACCGGGUCAGCGGGUCCAGAAAACCGUCACGGUCCGCUGCAAACAACUGUAUGCAUUUAAAUUUUAAAACCCUAAUCUCAAGGUUUCAGAGGAGAGGAAGCGAAGGAAUUCCCCCACUAGCUCAGUCGAAAGUCCAGGUCUCACGCGAAUAGCAGUUUGGAGAAGUUUGGUGUAAUUCCCGUAAACAUGUCAGUGCAAUUGACGCCUUCCAAGAGACCAUAUGAUCGAAACUUUGCAGAACCAAAUGGUCGAGGCAAGUGGCAGAAAUUGGGAGCAUUUAGUUCACAGAAUCCACCAUGGAAAAUGUUGCCUGGAAGCACUGUAUUCCGCUUACUGUGCCCUACUUCUAAAAUUGGUAGUGUUAUUGGAAAAGGUGGCGACAUCAUAUCACAAAUACGCCAGGACACUGGUGCAAAGGUUCGGGUUGAGGAAACUGUUCCCGGCUGUGAUGAGAGAAUAAUUGUUGUUAUGGGUGUUGAUAAGGAAAGUGAAAUCAACAGCGAGCAGAAAAAGGCGGAUGGUAAAGAGACUAAAACAACUGAAGACGGCGAUGAUGCAGAUGAAAAUGGCGAGGAUAAUGUAGAUAAUCAAUCUGUUCCUGUUGAAGAUUCACAAUCUAAGAAGUCAACUUCAUCUGUUCAGAAGGCUCUUUUACUUGUGUUUCAAAGAAUAGCUGAAGGAGAUUCAGAGAUGGAUGGAGGGGUUGAAGAGAGUAAUAAGUCUGCCACAGUUGCUGUGAGGUUACUUGUGUUCUCCUUUCAAGUGGGCUGCCUUUUGGGAAAAGGUGGUAGUGUAAUCAAGCAAAUGUCUUCUGAAACUGGGGCACAGAUUCGGAUUCUUCCACGGGACAAACUACCUCCUUGUGCAUCUUCCACUGAUGAACUGGUUCAGAUUUCUGGGGGACUUGAUGCAGCUAGAAAAGCUCUUCAGUCUGUUUCUCAACAACUUCUGGAGAAUCCUCCUCGGGAGCAGGACUAUCUCUCUGCCAAUCCCAGUGGGCCAUCAUCUCAUUCCUUUGGUCAUCCUCUUUCUAGGCCAGAAGCACACCCACCAUCAAACUAUCCUUUUCCUGCUCAAGGACCACCUUAUGCUGCUGGGCCUCGUGACUUUGAAAGUGGUGUUCCUGGUUGGAUGAAUCCUUCACAGGAUAUCCUUGCCUUCCGGUUAUUGUGCCAAGAUGAGAAAGUAGGAGGUGUAAUUGGAAAGGGUGGGACUAUAGUCAAGACAAUUCAGCAUGAGACUGGCUGUGAUAUCAAAGUUCUGGAAGGUGUAGCUGAUUCCGAAGACCGCAUAAUUGUCAUUUCUGGUCCAGCGCAUCCUGAUGAUGAGGUGUCUGCCGCCCAAGAUGCAGUUCUUCGUGUGCAGUCCAGGAUAGUUCGGGCUAUACCGGAAAGCAAAGAAAAGAAUGUCACAGCAAAACUUCUCGUCUCCUCCAAUCAAAUUGGAUGUCUCCUUGGCAAGGGUGGAGCUAUUAUAGCUGAAAUGCGGAAGUCAUCUAGGGCUUAUAUUCGUAUAUUGGGGAAGGAUCAAAUUCCAAAGUGCGCUUCUGAAGAUGAAGAAGUAGUUCAGAUAAAUGGAGAAUUUGAAGCAGUUCAAGAGGCUCUUCUACAGAUAACCACUAGGCUGCGGAAUCAUUUCUUCCGUGAUGCAUUUCCAUCUAUCAACCAUCCCUUAAAUCCUGCCUUUCUGGAGCAAGUACCUCCAUUUGCUUCGUACGCAGGAAGGAGGGAAUUUUCACCUCAAGGAAUGUAUUCUAAUUUUGGCCCAUCAUUUCCCAAGUUCGAUGCUGCUGGUGGCCUGCCUCCACCGGGUGAUUUUCAUCCGCAUGAUGAUCACCCUCCUUUUUUGCCCAAUAUUCACAGACCUGGCAUUCCCCCUCAUACCUCUGAAAGAAUUCCAUCUUCAGCGCCAUGGGUACCUCAGGGAUUCACUGAACGUGGUGGCCCAAUAGGAUUGCCAGACUAUACAGGAGCUCCCCAUAGAAGAAUCGGUGGAUUUGGAGGAGGAAAUCAUCCAGCUAUUAUCACAAAAACCACCGUGGAAGUAGUUGUUCCUCGUUCUGUUGUUCCGGCAAUCUAUGGAGAGGAUGGGGGAUGUUUGAAACAAAUUCGUGAGAUUUCGGAUGCAAAAAUUACUGUUACUGAGGCCAAACCUGGAGCAACAGAAACUAUGAUUAUAAUAUCCGGGACACCUGAGCAGACAAAUGCUGCACAAAGUCUAAUUCAAGCAUUUGUAAUUAGUGAGACCGAAGCAUCUUGAUCCUUGAUAUGGAGCUGAAGACUCUGUUCUGUGGAGAAUGCAGGUGUUCGUAUUUUGUAGUUUGCUGUGUACAGUGAAACUUGUUCGAACUUUGCUAGGAACAGGCUCCAGACUUUUGCUGAUUCAUUUGAUUGCCAUGGAAAGAAUGCCUGUUCAGUUAUCACCUGAAGAGCUAGAUCAUUUGUACUUUUUGUGGCCAUGAGAUCUAAGAAAGGAAAAAGAGAACACUAUUUUGAAUGGAUUUUUAAUAAAUGACAAGUAGAAUUGAAUGCUCAUCCAACUGAUUCCCCAUGUGUGUGCAUGCAUGCUCUAGUGUGUGUUAUGUUCUAUUACUUGAGUUGAUUGCAAAAUGUAUGGCUCAAUAAAACUGAUUUCUGUAAUGAUUUGGUGGAAUUCAGAAAAACCAUGUAAAUGUAUGAGGAAAUAGGUAUAAGGUAUCUGU